AUGAAUGGCACUGACAUGGAGGAAAUACCGUUUCAGAAAGUCAAGACCAAGAGGAAGAAGUGCUGCCACUGCUGCUGCUCCCCGCCGGCUGCCGCGGCGUCGGGAGCGGGAGCCGGGUUAGGGGAUCCCCCUCCCUUGCUGCUGCUGGAUGCCAUCGCCUGCGAGGACGAGUUUGACUGCAAGGAGCUGGAGGCUCUCUUCCAGAGCUACAACCUGAAGCUGGAACAGACGUCCACCCUCAAGGCGCUGGCCGUCCUCAUCGUGCUCACCGCCAGCCUAGCCCUGGUGGAGCUGCUCUCCGGCCCCAGCCUGACCAUCUCCAAAGGUUCGCACCCGGUGCACUGCAUCAUCUUCCUCUCCCUUUUCAUCGUCACCAAUGUCAAGUACCUGCAGGUCACUCAGCUGCAGCAGAUCGUCAAGCUCACCUUGCUCUUCAGCUUCACCUUCUCCUUCCUCUGCUGCCCCUUCUCUCUCGGCGCCUACGGUAUGGAGCCGCCCAGCGCCCCCGAGCAGGGCAUGUGGCAGCUCAUGCUGGUAACCUUCGUCUCCUACUCGCUGCUUCCCGUCCGGACGCUGCUGGCCAUCGUCUUCGGGCUGGUGGUGUCCGUCUCCCACCUCAUCGUCACCGCCACCUCCGUCAGUGCCAAGCGGCAGAGGCUCUGGAGGACGCUUGUGGCCAAUGCAAUCCUUUUUGUCAGUGUAAAUUUGUAUGGGGUCUUUGUGAGGAUUUUGACAGAAAGGGCUCAGAGGAAGGCAUUCCUUCAGGCCAGGAACUGCAUUGAGGACAGGCUGAGACUGGAGGAUGAAAAUGAAAAACAGGAACGUCUCUUGAUGAGCCUUUUGCCCAGGAAUGUUGCAAUGGAAAUGAAGGAAGACUUCCUGAAGCCUCCUGAAAGGAUUUUCCACAAAAUUUACAUUCAAAGGCAUGACAAUGUUAGUAUUUUAUUUGCUGACAUUGUGGGGUUCACUAGUUUGGCAUCACAGUGUACUGCCCAAGAGCUGGUGAAGCUGCUGAAUGAACUUUUUGGAAAAUUUGAUGAAUUAGCUACAGAAAAUCAUUGCAGAAGAAUAAAAAUCCUAGGGGACUGUUACUACUGUGUAUCAGGAUUGACCCAGCCCAAAACAGAUCAUGCCCAUUGCUGUGUUGAAAUGGGACUGGAUAUGAUUGACACCAUCACAUCUGUUGCAGAAGCCACAGAGGUUGAUCUCAACAUGAGAGUUGGAUUGCAUACAGGCAGGGUGCUCUGUGGGGUCCUGGGUCUCCGAAAAUGGCAAUAUGAUGUCUGGUCAAAUGAUGUGACAUUAGCUAAUGUAAUGGAAGCUGGAGGACUGCCUGGGAAAGUUCACAUUACAAAGACCACCUUAGAGUGCCUAAAUGGGGACUACGAGGUAGAGCCAGGAUACGGUCAUGAAAGGAAUAGUUUCUUGAAGAAGCAUAAUAUUGAAACCUAUUUUAUUGUGCCAUCCCAUCGUAGGAAGAUAUUUCCUGGACUGAUUCUCUCAGACAUUAAGCCUGCCAAAAGAAUGAAGUUCAAGACAGUCUGCUAUCUGCUUGUCCAGCUCAUGCACUGUCGCAAGAUGUUCAAAGCAGAGAUCCCUUUCUCCAAUGUCAUGACGUGUGAGGAUGAUGAUAAGAGGAGAGCAUUAAGGACAGCCUCUGAAAAACUCAGGAAUCGCUCCUCUUUUUCUAACAAUAUUGUAUACAGCACUCCGGGAACUCGCGUGAACAGAUACAUCAGCCGCUUGAUAGAGGCCCGGCAAACUGAGUCUGAGAUGGCUGACUUGAACUUCAUUACCCUGAAGUAUAAGCAAAUUGAGCGUGAAAAUAAAUACCACCAGCUUCAGGAUGAGUACUUCACCAGUGCUGUAGUUCUCUCACUAAUUCUAGCUGCCUUAUUUGGCCUUGUCUACCUUCUAAUAAUACCACAGAGUACCGUAGUUCUUGUUCUCCUGGUGUUCUGCAUAUGCUUCCUAGUGGCUUGUAUUAUGUACCUACAUGUCACACGAGUACAAUGUUUUCCAGGGUGCCUGACAAUACAAAUUCGUACCAUUUUGUGUAUUUUUAUUGUGAUCUUAAUAUACUCUGUGGCUCAAGGAUGUGUGGUUGGCUGCAUGCCUUGGGUUUGGAAUACCAAUUCCAGCAGCUCUAUAGUUAUAAUUUCUCCUGGUGGAACAAAUAAAACAAUGAAUGAACUUCCAUGUGACACAGCCCACUAUGCUUUCCUUUCCUGUGUAGUGGGGACUCUCACCUUGGCAAUAUUUCUACGUGUAUCUUCCUUGCCAAAAAUUAUUCUCCUGCUUUUUGUUACAAUUUUGUACAUAGUUAUUCUGGAACUCAGUGGCUACAGAAAAGCAGUGGGGGGCGGCUCCUUUUAUAUGCGUGGCUAUGAACCAAUACUUGCUAUUUUGCUAUUUUCUUGUGCUUUAGCGCUGCAUUCAAGACAGGUGGACUUGAAACUGCGUCUGGACUACCUCUGGGCAGUGCAGGCAGAAGAAGAGAGAGAUGAUAUGGAGAGAGUCAAGCUGGAUAAUAAAAGAAUUCUUUUCAACCUGUUGCCAGCCCACGUUGCACAGCAUUUUCUUAUGUCUAAUCCAAGAAAUAUGGACCUUUAUUACCAGUCAUAUUCACAAGUGGGAGUGAUGUUUGCUUCCAUCCCAAAUUUCAAUGAUUUCUACAUCGAACUGGAUGGCAAUAAUAUGGGAGUGGAAUGUUUACGCCUCUUAAAUGAAAUUAUUGCUGAUUUUGAUGAGCUUAUGGACAAAGAAUAUUAUAAGGAUAUUGAAAAGAUCAAGACAAUUGGAAGUACUUAUAUGGCAGCUGUGGGACUCGUGCCUACUUCAGGAACUAAGGCUAAAAAAUCAAUUUAUUCCCAUCUGAGUACACUGGCAGAUUUUGCAAUAGAGAUGUUUGACGUUCUUGAUGAAAUCAACUAUCAGUCUUACAAUGACUUUGUCCUACGAGUUGGUAUUAAUGUUGGGCCGGUAGUGGCGGGAGUCAUUGGAGCCAGAAGACCACAGUAUGAUAUUUGGGGGAACACCGUGAAUGUUGCCAGCCGGAUGGAUAGUACUGGAGUGCAGGGAAAGAUUCAGGUGACAGAAGAAGUUCAGCGGAUAUUAAAAAGAUGCAGUUAUGAGUUCGUGUGCAGGGGUAAAGUUAGUGUAAAGGGAAAAGGUGAAAUGUUGACCUAUUUCCUGGAAGGAAAGGCUGAUGGAAAUAACUCCCAAACACGGUCAUUAAACUUAGAGCGGAAAAUGUACCCUUAUGGGAGAGCAAACAUUCAAACAAAACUGGGCACCAGCUGUCCAUCAGUGUCCUCAGCUGCUAGCUUUACUGUAAAACCUGGUCCUGCAGCAGGUCAAGCAUCUGCCACUCACACAAACCAAACUCUGCAUUAUCUUCCUUCUGUGCCAGCUGUGAAGGAGGCAUAG